CUCGAAAAGUACCAAGAGCAGAUCUCAAAACUGCAAAAUUUGCAGACUUCGCAGCCCUUUGGCUUGUUCCAGUUAAAAAGCGGCGAUUUAAAAGAGACUUUGCUUCCGGGACCAACUCGUUGUUGGAGUCUUCUUUCCGAGUUUGUGCCUAUGCAUUCAGUCUCCCUGGCGCAGCAGCUGCUUUCCGAGUGCAAGAACGCGCAGCAAAGGCUAGCGAAAAGUCCGCAGAAUGUAGACGAGUACAUAGUUUUUCUGGAUUUCCUGAAGCGAAUUUCGAAUGGACAUGAAGUAGUGCAGAGGAGGACGCAUUAUAUACUCGAUUAUGGUUCUUGCUCUGCCACUGCCUCUAGUCUCUACAGGUCGUGUGUGCGUAGAAAAAGCUGAUGCUCUCCUUCCACGCACAAUUUCUUGUGAAAUUAGUCUACAAGAAACUCCCACACGUACACCACUUGCCGUCUAAUCCAAUCUCUUUGAAAUCGCGAAGAAGUGGACAUUACCGAUGGACGUGAAGGCACGCAGCCUCUUUCUAGAACUAGAGAUGAUGCAAGACACCCUAAGGUCUCAGAUCCAGAGUGCACAUGAAAACGCAGAAGGAAACGUUACACGGUUCACGUAUGUUAAGGCCAGAACGACACUGGACUUGCGAUAGGGCGCUCCGGAAACGAGGCUCGAAUGAAUCAUAAUCAUGAAGAUACUCAGCUUGCCAUGUUGGAUACUAGCCUUCCUCUAAUCCCCAACUUGAACUGGACAUCCCAAAACUACGGCAAGCCGUUCGUGAUCAAGUCGUAAAGCUCCAAGACCCUCUCUUGGAGUCGACAGAGCAGAUGGUGGAUCGUUCCUCUGUUUUGAUGCUUAUCGAAGAAAUCGAGAAAAACGUCAAGAGAUGUCGCAACGACGCCGCGCGAUACAACCGGUAUCAGGAAACUCUGCACGUGGCUCAGUCCGCGUUUGAUGAUGUAGAGGACUUGACGAGACAGCUAGACGAUUAUGCAAGGUUUUGGCGUGGUGUGGAGGAUUGGGAACGAGAUUCAGCGAGGUGGAUAGGCUGCGCUUUCUGCAGCAUAGAUGUGGAGCAAUUGAGUUUAUGCUGAGUGAAGAUGCUCGUCUACUAGUAAUUCUGGUACCUCGUGGUCGUGCUUGAUCUUGAUGCUGGUGAGGAUGUGUCAAGUGAUAAUUUAUUCUUGUGUAAGAAGCUAGUCCUCGUAGUUGUCAUGUCAUUUUCGCAGUUCUUCAGUCCGCUCGCAGGGGAAUCCAGUGAUGCUCUGUCCUUAGCAUGUGAGUAUGGGAAUUGACCCCUCAAGAACUUCUAUCCUCCGUCUCUAACGCCGAAAGAAGUCGCCGGUUUUCACCGCAUUGCUUCCGUUUCCGCCAAACUUCUAGCCAAGACACAUCCUUGCGUCCCCAUCUUCCUGGAAAAAGUCCUGCAGUUCAAGAACCUACUGCCAGUUGUGUCCGCUUUGCGUAAUCCUGCACUCAGAAAACGUCAUUGGGAUCCAAUCAUGCGGCUCCUUGGCGAAGAACUCCCAUUGGAGGAUCCGGAGUUCACUCUCGGCAUGGCAUUGGACCGACGAAUCCAGGACCACUUAGAGGCGUUGUCGGAAAUCUCCUCUCGUGCCACGGCCGAAGCAGGAUUAGAGGAGCAACUGCAGAAAGUGAAAAAGCUGUGGGCCGACAAGGAACUGAUCAUCUUGCCUUACAAGGAGAGCAAAGACGUCUUCAUCUUGGGAGACCUGGAAGAUGUGAGUGCAUGCUUGGAGGAUUCUCUAGUGACGGUUUCGACAUUGGCGGGAAGUCGCUUUGUGCAACCGAUAAAAGAGGAGGUCGAGUAUUGGCAGCGGUCGUUGCUGUAUUUUCAGGAUACGUUGUUAUGGACGAGUCAGUGUGGGUAGAGUUUCUUCAUCUUGACUUAGAAGAUUAAGCUAGCUCCUUGUGAAGGGUCUCAAAGCUCUUCUUUUUUACCUCUCCUGUCUAACCUUCGACGAAUGGGCGACCUUGCAGAGAAACUGGAUCUAUCUCGAGGCUAUAUUUGGCGCUGCGGACAUCAAGAAACAACUACCGACAGAAAGCGGCAAAUUCGCUGAGAUAGACGCUCAAUGGAAGAUCAUAAUGCGAGAAACAUGUGAGGGAAAUUUAGUUAUGAUAGUGUUGUUGUUCAAACCUCCUUGCCGCAGCUAUACACUAGGAAUAGAAAGAGUCAGACGUCGGUGCUUGAGACUGAUUCACCAAGCACAAAUAGAUCCUGCUUCUCGUCCUCAACCUGUAGUACCUCUUUCCCUCCUAUAUGUUGAUAUUCAUCUAACCCCCCCUUCGCCGCUGCAACGAAGCCAGAACGCCUCGAGCUCUUUCGCAAAUGGAAUCAUGGUCUCGACAUGAUUCAAAAAUCACUAGAAGAUUAUCUCCAGAGCAAGAGAUUGCAUUUCCCACGUUUCUUCUUUCUCAGUAACGAAGAGCUACUCGAAAUUCUGGCGCAAUCUCGUAGAAUCGAGGCCGUGCAGCCUCAUCUGCGGAAGUGCUUUGACGGAUUGCAUACCCUGAAGUUCGCGAAUGUGGACAGACAUUCUGCUGAGAUCCUCGCUAUGCAGAGUGUGGAGGGGGAGGAAGUGUGGUUCUAUCGCUCGUUGAAGGCCCGUAGCGGAAGCGUAGAUUAAGGGCCACGCCUUCAACCCAUCUUUUGGAACAUCUUUUCACCGAUUAUAGGUUCUCUUUCUAUAAUUUCCUGAAAAGAAUUAAGAGAAGAUGUUCUUCUACCAGAUCAUGGGUUGUAGGUCUUCUUGGUGCGUAGUUUAACUAGUGCGCUGGCUGUCUGAGGUGGAGGAAACCAUGGUGCGAAGUGUUUGGUCUAUUCUAAAGCGAGGUUUGCGGGACUUUUAUGCGAUAAUGGGGAAGGAUGAAGAAGGAAGGACUCUGUCGACGAGCAGUCAAUUCGAUCCGAAAGUCGUUCUAGGAGAGUUGGAAACCAAGCAAAAGAUCGUGGACAAGAAAACCAAUUUGAACGAGAAAAUUCGUGAAAGCAAGAAACGGUCUCUCUACACGCGCGCUCGUUGGGUACUGGAGAAGCAUGCGCAAGUGGUGACAACUGUGGACUUGAUUGUUUGGUGCCAAGUGACGGAGCAGUGUUUUGAAGUCGCGAAUAGUGGAACGGGAGUCGGUGCGGGGAGUGAAAAUGCGGUUCUCUUAAGGCUAGCUUGUGAAAAACAAGUGGAUCUUCGCUCACUGUAAUCAUGGAUAGCUCUUUGUUUUGCUUGGCACUACCACUACCACUACUCUAAUUCCAGGUGGGUCCUCCAUGGGAACCGGAAACUCUCCGAUGUCCAAGGCUGAAAGGGAACGACUGCAAGCAAAGCAGGAAUUUCAUGUUGGUCUUUUGGACAGAUGGCUGCGGAUUCAGAUGAUGCAGCUAGCGGAGUUAACGGAUCUCGUUUGUACUUUCGAGCUCUCGCCAUUGCAGAGGAAGAGCAUAGUUAAGGUGAGAAUUAGUACCAAUAGAAAGACCUAGGUUCGUCCUCAUAUCGAGUAAGUGCAAGGGAGCAUCAUCAUUGCAAGAAAUUGGAGACCGCCCCCUCUCGUGUUUGAAGGCUGAGUGCGUAUGGGUAUGCAUUGCCGCUUUUCCCACUCUAAUCCCAUUGCCCUCGUGACCCAAGAUGUGCACUGCCGAGACAUCGUCGAAAGUCUAGUGCAAGGAAGGGUGACCUCGGCUAGCAGUUUCAAGUGGCAGCAGCAACUACGUUUCUACUGGGGUGACCACUCGAGUGUCCGACUAUUGGCUGAUCAGGACUCGAGAGCUGGAGCAAAUUGGACUACUGGAAGCAAAGUUCCGGGAGAAGGGGUAAGGCCUUAGUUUAGGCAUCCGGAACCGGAUGUUGAUUUCGUAUUGUAAUCAGGUGAUCUCACAACGACCUGGGUGCUCUGAUUGAUGUCGUGAAACAAGAACGCCAUUUGUACAAUUUAUAAACAACAAGAACCUUGAUGCCACCACGAUAUUGAUAGCUCUCACCCAGGUAGCAGACCUCCAAGGCGACAUUGUGGAUGAAGUGCACGUUAGGCAAGUAGAAGCCCAUCUUCGCUAUGGCUACGAAUACAUCGGUUGUACUUCGCGGCUUGUUGUCACACCUCUCACUGACCGUUGUUGGCUGACUAUCACCGGUGCUAUGCACAUCAAACUCGGAGCUAAUCCUAGUGGCCCUGCUGGAACGGGUAAGACUGAAUCGUGCAAGGAUUUAGCGAAGGGACUAGCAAGGCAAUGCGUGGUCUUUAACUGUAGUGAGCAGAUCGACUACAAAAUGAUGGCCAAGCUGUACUCUGGGGUCUGUGCGUGCGGCGCGUGGACCUGCUUAGACGAGUUCAACCGCAUCUCAAUAGAGGUCCUCAGCGUCAUUGCGCAGCAGCUCAUCUGCAUUCGACAAGCGCUGUUAAGCGGAGCUACAGAGUUUAUGUUCGAAAAUUGCAUGCUUCGGCUGAAACACACCGCGGGCGUGUGCAUCACGAUGAAUCCAGGCUAUGCCGGUCGGACUGAACUCCCUGACAAUCUGAAAAUGCUUUUUCGGCCGGUGGCGAUGAUGGUCCCCGAUUACACGUUGAUUGCGGAAAUCAUGCUCUUUGCCGAAGGCUUCCAAGCAGCGAAGAGGCUCAGUGGAAAAUUCACGAAUCUUUUCAAACUGUCAUCCGAACAGCUCUCUCAACAGGAUCACUACGAUUUCGGAAUGCGUGCGGUGAAGAGUGUCCUUGUCAUGGCAGGUACACUGCUGAAACGCGCGAAACGGGAACAGCAGGUUGCGCAGGAACGAAAUUUCUACAACAACAACGGAGUCGGUGGAAUAGGCCUAGGUGAUGCUGGUGUGGGAGGAGCGAGUGCUAAGAAUGAUAAGAUCACCUAGAAUGAAAAUGUUUUCGGUGUCUACGGUGAUCGUGAAGGAUCAUAACAGAGAUGCACACAUGGCAAUGCUUUCACUUCGGUAAAAACUGAAGCACUAUUUAAUUCAGAUAUUAAGUUGGGUUCUUAGGUCCGUUAGCAUAUAGAAAUGGAUUUUUACUGUCAUGAACCUAUGAUCACGAGGAUCUCUUUUAUAACAAGUCCUGGCGCAGCAGAGGAGCAGCAGCAAGAGGACAUCAUCUUGAUUCGCGCUAUGCGAGACGCCAACGUUCCCAAAUUUCUUGCUGAUGAUUUACCUCUGUUUGAAGCUAUAGUGCGCGAUCUCUUCCCUGGUAUCGACGUCCCUCCGGUGGAGCAAAGUAGACUGAAAAAAGCGGUAGAAAUCGCGACGAAAGUUGAUCUCGGGUUGCAGGUUGUCUCGACGCAGGUCGAAAAAGUGAUCCAAUUGUAUGAAACAACCAACGUGAGAUUUGGUGUAACCCUGGUUGGCAAAACAUUAGGAGGCAAAACAGUGUGCUAUCGAACCUUGGCGAAAGCUCUUGGCCGGUUGAAGGUCGAUGAAGAUCGGCGAAAAGUGAUGCGGGAAGAACGGCGGGCGAGGGCAGAACAACGUGCGGCAGAUGGCGUGUAUGCUAGUUCUGACGAGGAAAAUGGGCAGGGAUCAGGGAAUCCACAGGAUGGUGAGGGUGGAGCCGGUUCUUCGAAGAAUGGUGGAGACGCCUUCGACUUGUAUGGUCGACGAAACAGCAAAACGAGGAACGUGAGACGAGGCGUCGAUGGUGCGAUGACAGGUUGUACAGGAGCCGCUGCUCCAGGAAGCGGUGCAAGACGGAUGAGCAAUUUGUUUACUGGUCAAACAUCUGGCGGAAAUCGAAGACGGAGUACAGGUGGACGUAGGGCCUCUGGAUCCCAGGGAAUCCAUGGGCAGAAUGUGCGUCGAGGAAGCAGAGAUCGGUCUAGUAGCAAAGACAAGCGAGAUGGCACGAAUAAUACUGGAAGUACUGGUGGAGAAAAACAUGCUAACUCUGCAGGAGGAAAGGCAGAGUCUUCAGGGACAGGAGGACAGCAAAACGCGAUGGCGAUCGCUUUGACGGAGGACGAAGUCGGCACACUGGACUCCGACGACGACGAAGGUGUACUGGCCCAGCAACAAGAAGGCGCUGCUUGGCCGGUUGUGAAACUGUUAAGACUUCUUGUUCUAUUGUCGGAGUCAGCCUCAAGAUUCCUCAAAAAAUCAAAAUGAAAAUUGUCCCAAGUGAUAAAAGCAAAAACUACUGUCUCUCCUGAUUUAUUUCUCUAUAGGUAGACCUCCUCGUCCUUCUGAUUCGCAUUCUCUAACACACAAUUGUCUGAACCCGAAGUGUAUCAGCAUGGGUGAACUCUAUGGUCAAUUUUCGGCUUUGACGCAGGAAUGGACGGACGGUCUAGGAUCUAGCUUGAUCCGCGCAGCAGCGGAUGAUACUGAUGAAGAAAAGCAGCAUUGGGUUGUUUUUGACGGUCCUAUUGAUGCUCUUUGGAUCGAGAAUAUGAACACCGUAUUGGACGACAGCAUGAUGCUUUGUCUAGCUAGCGGCGAACGCAUCAAGCUGCACAUGCGCAUGAGAAUGCUGUUCGAGGUCCAAGACUUAGCGCAAGCUUCACCAGCAACCGUUUCCCGAUUAGGAAUGGUCUAUCUCACCGCCAGCGUCCUCGGUUGGAGGCCGUAUGUGAAAACCUGGUUGCGCACUAAGCUGAACCCAACAAGGUUUACACAGCGGCAUAAAGAAGUAAUUUAUGGCCUUUUCGAUAAGCAUGUGGACGAAGCUUUGCGAUACUUGAGAACACCAGGGAACGGCUGUGUUGAACCUAUGACCAGUGAAGACACGCAACUAGUUAUGGCAUUGUGCGGUAUCUUUUCUGCCUUGUUGGACAACGCGCACUCGCAAUCGGCUCACGGUUGUACAGCGAAGGACGCUGUAGAAAGGCGAGCCAAGUUGGAGGCGAAGAGACUUAAUUUAUGGCUUUCGGCAAAUUCAUUACUACGUACAGCGUAUGAAUGUGUCUCAGUUUCGUUCUUGGUGUCUUGUAAAAAUAACAGACUGCAGGAGGCGUAAAAUUCUGAACUGUCUAUCAAGAACUUCUCUAAUCAACGCUGCCACCGGAGCUCCCGACGACGUCGACGCAGACGACGAAGGCGAUGAGAUGCUUGAUGAUGCACUUCUAGGUGAAGGUGAAGAAAAUGUUCUGCCAGGUGACAACGCUAAAAGAGUGGAUGAUCUUGAAGCAGCUGCAUCUCCUACUACUUCCACUAGUUGUAAUGCAGGAUAUCCUCCUCGUCGUGGCAGCGCUAGUACAGCUGGUCGUAACGCGAGUAAACGACGUGCUUCAGGAGCUACCCAACGUCGUGGUUCAACAGAUGAGAACGGUGGUUUUUACUCCAAUGGAGAGCCAGUCCAUAGCUUUCUGCAAAAGCUCGACAACAGACAAUUCGAACUGUGGCUGACUCCAAUUUUCGCUUUCUCUCUUGCCUGGUCUAUUGGGGGAACGGUGACAGAUCCGAAAGCGCGAGCGUCCCUCCACGUCCAUCUGAGUAAAGAAUUCGAACAAUUCACAACUAGACAGUGUCCGACGUUGGAUAGCGGUUUUUUCGAUCUGAGAGGAUCUAGCUGGCAGCUUUUGCCAGCGUUUAACGGAUCACAGCAAGGCGGACAAAUAGAAGAUACAGGUUCUGGUUCACCUGCAGGUGGAACUAGUAGUGCAGGUGGCAAUACCAAUAGUAGUGGAGGAGCGGUGGGCUUCAUAGGUGGAGACGGUAGUGGAAGCAACGGAGAAAUAGAAGGACAGGCACACUCUCCUUCUGCUACAACACAAAGCGGUCGUCGAUUUGCACCUCCUCUAGUUAGUUGGGACGAGCUCGCACCUUCCUUUGCCUAUAAAACCGGAACAGAUUACUUUGACUUGCUGGUCCCAACUCAAGACACGGUUCGCUACAGCUUCUUGCUCGAUAAACUGAUUUCUGCGAAUGCGUCGGCUUUUUUGUCCGGAGACGCAGGUGUCGGGAAAAGCGUUUUGCUGCAACGAUUGCUGUUGAACAUGAAAAGACACUGCGACGUUGCACCGGUUUUUGUCAUUUUUUCAGCCCAAACCAGUGCUGAGCGGACGCAGAACACGAUUGAGAGCAAGUUGGAGAAGAAGCGCAAAAAUGUUUUGAGUUCGCCAGUGGGGAAAAGAGUAGUAAUCUUGGUGGAUGACGUGAACAUGCCAGCACCUGAUACGUACGGAUCGCAACCGCCGAUCGAGUUGCUCAGACAAUUCCAAGAUUUUCGAGGUUUCUACGACCGUCAAAAACUCUUUUGGAAAGAGAUCGAGAACACGCUGUUGCUGUUUUCUUCUGCUCCACCUGGUGGCGGCCGGAAAGCUCUCUCGCCACGGUUUACGAGGCACUCUCACCCGCUCGCGAUGCCACCAACCAGCGCAGCAGCCAUGCAACAAAUUUUUGGCAGUAUUUUGAGUGGCUUUUUGCUAACGUUUAAACAAGAGAUCCAGAUCCAAGCGUCCGCCUGUGUGCUUAGUACGAUCGAGAUGUUCGCUGAGGUCUGUGAAAAUCUCCUGCCGACACCUAGUAAACCGCAAUACACCUUCAACUUGCGGGAUGUCAGCCGCGUGUUUCAAGGUAUCCUAUGCGUCAAAGCUCUGCACUGCACGAAUAAGGAAACGUUUCAAAAGCUGUGGAUCCAUGAGAUGAGCCGCGUUUUUCACGACAGAUUGAACAGCGCACAGGAUCAAACGUGGUUCUUCCAGAAAGUUUCGAGAGUUUUGAAAGUGAAGUAUCGCGCGGACCAAUGGACAAUUGAGGUGCUGCGCUCAGAUGCGAUGGCGCCUUGGGGUAACUUCAUGCGGAUGGGCGCCGUCGGAGGAGGCGGUGGAGGUGGUGGUGGGAGUCAACAUGUAGGUGGCUCCUAUGAGGAGAUGAAGGAUACGAAGAAACUAGUGAAGAUGCUGGAGCAAGUGAACGCGGACUUCAACUCUACGAACACUCCUAUGAGCCUAGUGUUUUUCAAGGAUGCGAUUUCGCAUGUGACGCGGAUCGCGCGGGUAUUGUCGCAGCCAAGGGGAUCGCUUUUGCUAGUGGGUGUCGGUGGGAGUGGCCGUCAAUCGUUGACGAGGUUGUUUAAGGCUUCUAUUAAUCUGAUCCAUCUUGAUGAGAGGUGUAAUAAAUUGAUUCUUAUGAUAAUCAUAGGAGAGUGAGAGGGUUUUGAUACUUUUAAAGGGGAUGAAUAAAUGCAAAUGACACCCUUGAACUGGAGGGAUGUGUCUCCAGAUGGAUCGACUAGGGGCCUGGGGAACCGCUAAGAUGUGUUGUAGUAUGUACGAACAGAUGCGACGGAUAGAAAUCGAAAUGACGAGAGGGUUCAAUCUCUCCCAUUUUCGAGAAGCUGAAUGGGAAGUAGUGAAAUUGGCGGGGGUAGGUGCGGCAUGCAUGGAUGGAGGAGGCGUUGGGGAGAGUAAAGGAGAUGCUGGUGCAGCUGGAGUUGAAACGGCAUUAAGGCGCCUGAGAGGUUAUUGUUGAGUUUUUAGUUUCAGAGAACAAAAGAAAACAUUUCUACUGAUUAUUGAGUUUAGUUUCAGAGAACAAAAGAAAACAUUUCUACUGAACCGCAAGAGGAACUAUAGAGGGCCUCUUCCUCUAAAACCCGAUGCCCCCGCAGGUGGCCCAGACGGCAACCCAAACACUGGCUCUUCAGACUCCAAUCUCGAGCAAUCCGGUACACCCACUUGCUUCUUGCUCAACGACACUCAGAUACUCCAGGAAAGCUUUCUGGAGGACGUUAAUAGUCUUCUCAAUGCCGGCGAAGUCCCGAAUUUGCUCUCCGCGGAACAAACUGAGGACUUGAUCCAGACAUUGAGACCGCAUUGCCUGGCUCACUACUCUGGCGGCAUGAUAGAUGCGAUCACAAGGGAAGACGUGUAUUUGUACUUUUUGGAGUUAUGGAAGGAAGAGGGCGUCCUCGUGGUUUCAUUUUCUGACAAGAGAAUUUCUCCUUCUCCUCAUCGAUUGAAACAGCCCAAGGUGGCAGCACGACUUGCAUAAGUUCCAUAUAAGUUCCCUUUGAUGUGUGUUUGUGAACCGUUGAAGAUACUUGCCUCUAAUCACUCGCGUGCGUUACAAUCUGCACGUAGUCUUGGCGAUGAGUCCUGUUGGGGAAAUGCUUCGAGUUCGACUUCGCAUGUUCCCGAGUCUCAUCAACUGUACCACCGUGAAUUGGUUUUUCCCGUGGCCUGCGGAAGCGCUUUUUUCUGUCGCAGAACACCUGUUGCAAAGCAGUAACCAUUUGGAAAACAACAAGGCAGAACUUUCAGGAGGUCCAAGGCUUGAUACCUCCUCUCCUCCACCAUCCGCAGAGAUUCUCCCCUCACAGAUCACUGCGAUUUGUAGUGCCUGUGUUGUCGUACACGAAAGCGUGCAAGCCCAAGCCGAAAAUUUCCUCCACGUUCUGCAAAGACACGUGUAUGUAACACCAAAGAGCUUUUUAGACUUGCUGCAAGGUUAUCAGGAGUUGCUAGGGGAAAAGCAGCAACAUCUGAGGAAAUCGCAGCGGCGACUCAAAGUGGGCGUCCGGAAGAUACAGGAAGCACUUAUGGGGAGAUGAGACCCUGCUUGAUACUGUUCUCGACUCCUCUCUCGUUACCAAAGCAUUUAGAUCUAACUAUAAGUGCUAAUUUAGUCCUAGCCCCCUACCCCAACCAGCACGAACGAUGCAUCCGUAUCCAUGCCGUUGACAUCUUCCACAUCCUUGUCAACUUUCCCCUCUCAUACUCCGCGAGCUCGUUACGAACCUGCAAAAUGAUCUGGACCGAAUGAGACCGAGGAUCCAGAUAAAGAUUGAUGAAUGCCUGGAACUCAUUCCUGUGGUGCGGGAGGAGCAGAAGAAGGCUACCAGCUUUCAAAAAGUCGUAGAAAGAGAUGCGGAGGUAGUCAGCAAGCAGCAGCAGUUAUGGUUGGAGGGAACGACCUUGUUGAAGAAAGAACUAGAAUACGACCUAGACCCUGUUGAAGAAAGAACUAGUAGAAUGUACAUAAGUUCUUGUACAUAGAAGAGAAAGAUGUAGUUGCGGAGGAGAGAAGAAGCCGAACUACCUAAAAAUAGAAAUACUCGACGAGGAAUAGAAGUGCUGGCAUUUCUUGGUUUGUCUACUACUCAUUCUUGGUUUUCCGCUCUUCUAAAGGACGAAGCUGCCAGAAUCCAAGCAGAAGCAAGCCACGACCUCAGCCAGGCUAUGCCAGCUUUUCACGCAGCCGUGAAAGCUCUGGAUGCCUUGGAUAAGAAGGACAUUACGGAGAUCCGAACUUUCGUAAAACCGCCACCAUUGGUCAUGCUCACGAUGGAAGCUGUGUGUGUCCUGCUAGGCGAAAAGACCGACUGGGACUCCGCGAAACGCGUCAUGCAGGACAAUAAUGCUUUUAUUGCCAGGCUAAAAGACUUCGACAAAGACAAAAUACCUCAGAACCUACUGAAGAAAUUAGAGUCGUACGUCAAAAAGCCGGAAUAUGCGCCAGAAAACGUGGGGAAUCAGUCUAGAGCCUGCAGAAGUCUAUGCAUGUGGACACACGCGAUUCAUACAUACUCGAUCGUGGCCAAAGAGGUUCUUCAGAAAGCCUCUUGCUCGUCUUGAGACAGUUUUAGUUUUUUUCGAACAUGCAUGCAUGCUAAAGAAUUUGUUUACUGUGCUCCUGGUUCUGUCUACUCAAUCAUUUUCAAUGAUAAUUUACCCAAAGAGCUUCAGCUGUUUCUACCAACAACCUUCGACACCUUCUCCCCAGGUAGAACCCAAAAAGCUCAAACUCGCUGAACUCAACGACGAACUGAAGAAGGCGAACAAGGCACUCGCCACAAAGCAGGCUGAGCUUGACAAGGUGCUCAAAGAAGUCAAUGCCCUAAGGCAGAAGCUUGAAGAUACGGAAAAAGAGAAAGAGUCUCUGAUCGCUGAAUCUGCGUUGACAGAGAAGAGACUAGAGCGUGCAGACGUUUUGACCAACUCCUUGGCCCAAGAGGAUCAGCGUUGGCGCGAAUCAGUGGAGAAAAUGGCUGGUGAGACAGAAAAUUUAGUCGGCGAUGUCUUCCUUGCCGCAGCUUGCAUAUCGUACUACGGACCUUUUACGGGUAGUUAUGAAACCAAAAUCUCUUAUCAUUAUCGUACUUUUCUACUUAAGAAACUUGAUAAUGAUAACAGAUUUUCGUUUCAUAGUAGUUUCCGGCGUGAUAUCGUAGCGCAAUGGCAUCAGGCUUUGGUGGAGCUAGCUGUUCCUUGCAUGAAUUCCGCUAUUGGGAGUUAUCAAUUUUCGCUAGAGGCGAUCAUGGGAGACGUGCGUGAAAUUCGAGAAUGGUCUAGGUGCGAGUUGCCAGCAGACAGUGUCAGCGUGUGCAACGGAAUCCUCGUGACCAGAGGGAAACGGUGGCCCUUGAUGAUAGACCCUCAAGGGCAGGCAAAUAAAUGGAUGCGGAAACGUUUUGCGGCAAUGACGAAGGCCUUACAGAAUCAGGCAUUGGUGGCACAGACAGGAGAGGGCACGAGUAGUAGAGAUGAAGUAGCGAAUCGACAAACGACUGCUGGAGGAGGACCUGGAGGAAAUGUUAACCGUGGUCAAUCAGCCUCAGAGAAUCGCAGUGGGGCUGGAAAUGCAGGGCCUGGCAAUAGUGCUGGUGCUAAAGUUAGGGGUGUCCGAAUUGCAUUCCUCACUACCAUCCCUGGCUCUUUUCCUGGUAGAAAAGAGGCCAGGGUGGAUGUUCUGAAGAAUGUAACUCCGUAACCUCAAAUGAAGGCGCCAAUGGGAUGAAUGGACCUGCCGGCUUCAAGGUCAUCAAGGCAUCACAUCCGAAAUUGCUCACCCUCCUCGAGAGCUGUGUCCGCAACGGAUACGAGCUCCUGGUUGAAGACGCUGGAGAAUCCUUGGACCCUGCUCUAGAACCUAUCCUCUCCAAAGCCUAUUUCCAAGCUGCUGGUGGUACAGGACGUGUGCAGAUCCGACUCGGGGAUCAAGAUGUAGACUAUGAUUUGAAUUUCCGGAUCUCUUUCACCACGAAACUGGCGAAUCCGCACUACUUGCCGGAUUUGAGCAUCAAGGUGCUGAUUGUGAAUUUCACCGUCACGCCACAGGGACUGGAGGAGCAGUUGUUGAACGUAGUGGUCACCGAAGAGACGCCGGAAGUGAUGGAAAGGAAGACGGACUUGCAUAUCUGCCUCAUUGAGGACAAGGAACAAUUGGAGAAACUGGAGAAAUUAAGGGUUUCCACAUUGCAUCUUCCUUCACUACCAUCCUUGGCUCGUCCUUUUCAACGGGAAAACUGUGCGAGGAUGUUCUGAAGAAUGCAACUCGGCAAUCUUUAACGAAACGAGUUCUCCAGUUACUCACCGACUCCGAAGGCAACAUUUUGGAUGAUGUUGCUCUUAUCACAGCCCUGCAGGAGUCGAAGAAAACAUCAACUGAGAUCGAACAUCGUGUAGAACUGGCGGAGAAAACGCAGCAGGAAAUCCAAAGGGAGUUAGAUUUUUAUCGGCCAUUGGCCGUUCGCGGCAGCUUGCUGUACUUCUCCGUUGCAGAUUUGGCACUGAUCGAUCCGAUGUAUCAGUUUUCACUUUUGUACUUCCAGAAGCUGUUUAUUGAGAGCAUUGUGUUAGGCAAAAUGCCUACUACCAAUGCAGCAAGGGGAACGGCUAGUGUCAUCAACUUCGCUUCCACCAGUCCUGGGAGUCCACGUAGUGCGGGUCGGACGCCAGGCGGGGCCACCACGGUUAUGUUCAACGCAGCAGCAUCACCUGGAGCAGGAGGUAGAGGAGGAGCAGCAGGAGACAGAGAUACAACUGCAAACCCUGCUGGUACAACUAGUCGUGCACUUGGAGGCGGAAACAAUAAUGGAGACUCCAGGAGGGAGACUCAAGGAGCACCAGGAGUGGGUGCAGACGAGGUGGGAGCCGCCAACAAUGCAGUUGGACGUCAGUCGACCGCAGUCGCAAGUAGGAGGACGCGCGUUGCGCAGAUCGCUACGUCUUCUGUCGAUCUAGGAGGAGGUGGAGGGUCGAACUCUCCUGUCUCCCCCACCAUGACAAACUCUCCUCCACCAGUGCGCCAAGGAGCGGGUGCUUCCCGCGUUGCCAAUUUUGACGAUGUCAGGCUUCAGGGCUUUCUUUAGGGCUUCUAACGUAUUAACUCAUCUUGAACAAGAGGUUGUUGAGAAGCAUCUUCGAGCCCUUGCUUAUAAGUAGAGGAAAAGUCAAACGCUGUAAGAGAUGACGAGGCUCAACAAGAUGAGUAUCCGUAUCUAUUAGUUCUAACCUAUAGUAGAUGCGGACGGCUUGGAUCAGACAGAUCCGGGUUAUCAAGAACAGCGACUCUCGAAAUUGAUCCAUAGGGUCUCCAAAAAGGUCUUCGUCAGCGUCUCUCGAGGAUUGUUUGAACGCCACAAGACUACCUUUAGCUUCUGCUUAGCAGCGCAGAUACACCGAAGAGAAGGGCACUUGGCUAACGACGCUUGGUUCUUGUUCUUGACGGGAGAAGCGGCUAGCUCAAGUUCUAGUAGUGGAACUGGAGCGAGUGAUCUUCAUAUUGUAGAUUCUGCGUCAACUGCUAGUGGACGAGGUACAAGAAAUACUAGUGGCGCAGCAAAUACUAGUGGUAGAAAAUUGAGUUCUACUUCUGGAAUGUCCUCAAGCAAUCCAGUGCCGCAUAAACCGGAAUUUUUGAACCAAAAGCAGUGGGACAUGAUGCAGCGGAUAGCCAGAGUUUGUCGGUUGCCUCAGCUAUUAUUAAGGCUUCCACAAAUCC